AUGAAAAUGAAACUUUUUAUUUUAACGAUUUUUAUAAAUUUUUCUUUGUCAAUUAAUUUGCCUAUAUUAAGAACUAGUAGUCAUUCACAUUCCACAAAUAGAAUACCAAUUAAAAUUGGAUUAGUUUAUCAAAAUUAUGCUAGAUCAAAAACAUAUGACAAAAUUAUUAGAGAAACAAUUAGAAAUAUUAAUACUGGACAAAGUAUUAAAUUAGUUAGAGAACUUCCAGCAAAUUAUACAUUAUCAAUAACUGAUUGUAUAUUACCAAAAGGAAUAUUUUUUCCUCAUCAUGUUUUAAAUUGUAUUUGUAAUACAUUAAUAAAAGAAAAAGUAUUUAUUGUUAUAUUUUUAACAACAUCUGAAUCUUAUAGUGAAUCAACAUCUGCUGCUCAAUAUUUUAUAUAUAUGCUUGGUCAAACUGGUAUACCUAUUAUUGCAUGGAAUGCUGAUAAUGCUGGAUUUACAUUUAAUAAACCAUUAAGUGAAUAUAAUACAAUACAAUUAGCUCCACCAAUAGAACAUCAAAUUAAGGCAAUGUUUGCUAUUCUUAAAAGAUAUAAUUGGGAAAAAUUUGCCGUAAUAAGAUCAAAAAUGGCAGGAUCAGAAAGAUUUUUUGAAUUAAUUCAAGAAAGAAUACGCCUAGAAAGAGAUGAUAGAACAUUUAAAUAUGAAAUGAUGCAUACAAUAGAAAUUGAUGAUAAUAAUAAUGAUAAUAUUAUUAUAAAUCAAUUAAAUGAAUUAAAAAAAGCACAAGCUAGAAUAAUUUUACUUUAUUCAACAAUGAGUAAAGCAAGAAAAAUUUUUAAACUUGCUAAACCUUUAGGUUUACUUGAUCCACAAUAUUUAUGGAUUGGUACACAAUCAGUAAAAGGUUCAUUAUCAUCAGCACAUGAAGGUUUUCAAGUUGGAAUGUUAUCAAUAAAUUUUCAUACAAUAUCAAAUGCAAUGUUUCCACCUGUAGAUGAUGUUUUAUUAUCAGUAAUUGAUGUAAGUGUUAAAUUAUUUGGUGUAGCAUUACAAAAAAGUAAAUUUCCAUUAAAUACAACAUUUUAUACUCCAAUAACAUGUGAAUCAGAAAAUGGUUAUCCUGGUUUAACAUGGAAUAUUGGUAAAAAACUUUAUAAAAAUCUUUUAACAUCAUUUGUAAAAGGUAAUCCAUACUAUUCAAAAGAUGAAUUUGAUAAUUUUUUUUAUCGUUUUAAUGAUCAAGGUAUGUUAUUAGAAUCACAAUUAACUAUAUCAAAUUAUCGAAGUAAAAUAACAUCAAAUGGUGAAGUAUAUACAUGGGAAAAAGUUGGAGAAUAUAAAGAUACUUUAAGAAUGGCUGAUAUAGAAUGGCCAGGAAAAAGAGCAAAUCCACCACAUGGUAUUGCUGAAAAAUUUCAUUUAAAAGUGGUUACAUUAAGUGAAUCACCUUUUAUUAUUGUUUCAGAUUUAGAUAAAGAUACUAAUGAUUGUCCUGGUAAUCAAGGAAUAAGAUGUAUUUGGGAUACAAAAAUUGUUCUUGGAAAUGAUGGUAUAGAAAAAAAUGAAAGUAUUUAUAAAUGUUGUACUGGUUAUUGUGUUGAUUUAUUAAAAAAAUUAGCUGAUGAUAUGGGUUUCACUUAUACUUUAUAUAAAGUUAGAGAUUCAAAAUGGGGUAUUUAUGAUGGUGGUAAAUGGAAUGGAAUUCCAGCUGAAUUAAUAAAUGAAAGUGCUGAUAUGGCUGUUGCUCCAUUAAAAUUAAAUAGUGAAAGAGCCAGAGAUAUUGAUUUCUCUGUUCCAUUUAUGGAUACUGGUAUAUCAAUGGUUGUAAAAAUACGUAGUGGAGUUCUUUCAGCAACAGCUUUUUUAGAACCAUUUGAAUAUUCAACAUGGGUAAUUAUUUUAUUUGUUGCUAUUCAAGUAGCUGCUUUUGCAAUAUUUCUUUUUGAAUGGGUAUCACCAUAUAGUUUUAAUAUGGGAAAAUAUCCACCUCCAGGUCAUAGAUUUAGUUUAUGUAGAAGUUAUUGGCUUGUUUGGGCUACAUUAUUUAGUGCUAGUGUUAGUACAGAUGUACCUAAAUCAAUGGUUUCAAGAUUUUUUAGUCUUGUAUGGGCUGCAUUUGGUUUAACAUUUCUAGCUGUAUAUACAGCAAAUUUGGCAGCUUUUAUGAUAACACGUGUACAAUUUCAUGAUCUUAUUGGUGUUGAUGAUUAUAGAUUACGUCAUGCUAGUGAUCAAUCACCUGAAUUUACUUUUUCAACUGUUGAAAAUGGAAAUACACAUGAAAAUAUGAAAAGAAAUUGGAAAGAAUUAAAUGAUUAUGUAACAUCAAGAAAAUUAUUUGUUGAUAAUGUAUCUGCAGGAAUAGAUGCAGUUAGAAAAGGAAAACUUCAAGCUUUUAUUUAUGAUGCUGUUCCACUUGAUUAUUUAGCUGGAAAAGAUGCAAAUUGUGAAUUAAUUAUGGUUGGUAAAUGGGCAAGUAUGACUGGUUAUGGUAUUGGAUUUCCUAAAAAUUCUCCAUAUUUAAAAGAAGUAAAUAAAUUUUUAAUGGAAUAUCAAAAAAGUGGUUAUUUAGAAAGAAUUCAAAAUUUUUGGAUUACAGGAGCUUGUCAAAAAGAUUUUAAUGGACAAUCACAAUCAGCACCAUUAGGAAUUGAAAAUUUUUUAAGUGCUUUUAUGCUUCUUGGAAUAGGUGUUAUUGUAGGAAUUGGAUGUUUAAUUUUUGAAUAUGUUUAUUGUUUACAUCUACGAAGAUAUGUUCAAAAAGUUGAUAAAAAUGGAUGGAUUGGAGUUAUAAGUAUGGCUUUAGGUAAAUCAUUAACAUUUCCAGAAGCUGUUAAUCGUGUUAAAGAAUGGAGAAUUAGAAAUAGAAGUUUAUCAAGUAAUGUUUCACCAAAUUUAAUUCGUCGAAAUAUCAAAAAAAGAAAUUAA